CUUUCCUCUCCUGCCUCGCCUUUCCUUUGCCCCACCGUCCCCGGACCCCCCGUCUGCCAUGCUGCCAAACCGGCAGCUCCAAAUUCUCCUGUAAACUUACAUUUUUUAUUUGGGUUUUCCAUCUCCUUCCUUUUCUUUUUUUGGUCCUUGGAGAAGUUCAACCGUGUGGAUUACAUGGAUCCGGAAACAAGACUGAUAUCAACAAAGGGAAUGGAAUAAUUUACAAAAAAAUACAGGGUUUUUUGUUUACUGACAAGUGAUAGCUGAUUGGAUUUACACUGUGAUUUUUCUGUGACUUCUGCAUAUGGAGGCUUAGGCCCCAGCUCAAAGGAUUAUACCUGAAACAGUUUCCAUAUCACCAUGGCUGAAGGAAGCAAACCGGCCUCCCCCGCUUCAGCCAGUGGGUCCAGUGGGUCCAGUGGAGCAACGGCUCCACCGGCGAGUUCUCUCAAGUCUAAAGGUGUGGGCCUCCUCAGGAAGGUGAAGGUGUCUGUAGAGCUGCUGAUCGCUCUGGCCGCUCUGCUGUCCUGGGCGGCUGUAGGAGUGGUGAUGUUUGACUUUGUGGAGUACAAGACUGUCCCAGACAUUCAACAAAUCAUUACGGACCCUAUGCAAGCUGUGAACGACGCUGUAGAUGAAGUGUCCAGUCUGCUCAACAAAUUUCAAGAAUGUGCACCUGAUUUAAGUGACCCCGCGUCUACUGCCGCUUAUGUAGCUGAAGAAAUAUCGGACGCAAAAGAUGGAUUUGUUCAACACUUUUCAGACAAGGACGGAAACUUCUACCUCAGCUACGUCGACCCUGUGGUCAUCGGACGACACGUUUUCCAUUCAACCAACGACUUCAUGGGUGGAGUGAUGUGCUCCGUCAGGGAAUCACUGUGUGCUAUUGUGGACACUUUGUUUGAUACUAUAUCGGGAAUAUCUGAAGGAAAAAUUGACCUUAGCUAUAUAGACCCUGUGCUGACAGGCAGAGGCGUCUUCAGUGUUAUGAUUGAGUUCAUUUGUGGAGUGGAGGAUUACAUCCAGAAUGUGCUCUGUGCCAUUUGGGACACUAUUCUGGACAUGGUGAAAGGAACCACCGACAUCAGCUUCAUGGAUCCUGUGUCCGUUGGCAGAAACUUCUUCAGUGUGACUAACGACACUUUCAGUGGAAUAGUGAGCUACGUCCAGGACGUACUCUGUUCCAUCAUAGACAGCACACUGGAUAUUAUAAAAGAUGUCCAGCAGGCUGUGGGAUUCAGUCCCAUGACGGUUCUGAAGACGACUGCAGAAAUCACCAAAGAACAGCUUAACAUGCUCGUGAGCUAUAUCUCCACGAUGGUGCUCGGUGAUGAAGAUUUUUCAGGGAUCGUGUCUGAUGUUUCCAUCGACCCCAUGAAAGUUGUGGAAGACGCCGUGUUGGAGUUCGCAGACAAGAAAGAUUUAUUCGUGGCUUACAUGUCAAGCAUGCUUGUUGGGGAUCAAGAUGAAGCUGUAGCUUCUCCAUCUGAUAUAACUUUGGUGAGAAAAAAAGGAGUAUUUCUGCCACCUAUGGAAAAAGUUACAGAGAUUAUACAAGCGGCAAAAGAUGAAGCUGCUCCUGCACGAAUAGAUGAAGACUCAAAGAUUGAGGAGGAGGAGGCUGAAGUUCCCACUGACGCUGCCAGUGAGACAGAUGUGCAUGAGGAAGAGGAAGAUGAUGUGAAACAUGUCGACCUUGAAGAAACAGAACAAAAACUACCAUUGGAAGAUGAGGCCGUCAUUGAUAAUGAUGAUGAGGAGGAAGAGACAGAGGAGAAGGAAGUACAGGUGAAGGAGGAGGAGUUCGUAGAGGGGGAAGGCGAAGAAAAGGAGGAGGACUUAAAAGCAGUGGAGGAUGAAGGAGAACGAGAGAACAUUAAUACAGUGAUGGUUGAAGACAAAGAGGAGGAGAAGCAGGAGGAACCAAAAACAGAUGAAGUGGUAGAGGAUGAAGAUGAGGAGGAGGAAGAGGAAGUCAAAACUGAAGCUUUGGAAGUAGAGGAGGAGGCCAAAACUGAAGAUUUGGAAGAUGAUGAAGAGGGGGAUGCCACAACUGACGAUUUGGAAGAUGAUGAAGAGGAGGAGUCCAAAAAUGAAGAUUUGGAAGAAGAGGCCAAAACUGAAGUUCUGGAAGAAGAGGAGGAAGAGGAGGCCAAAACUGAAGUUCUGGAAGAAGAGGAGACAGUCAAAGCUGAAGAUUUGGAAGAUGAUGAAGAGGGGGAUGCCAAAACUGACGAUUUGGAAGAUGAUGAAGAGGAGGAGGCCAAAAAUGAAGAUUUGGAAGAAGAGGCCAAAACUGAAGUUCUGGAAGAAGAGGAGGAAAAGGAGGCCAAAACUGAAGUUCUGGAAGAAGAGGAGACAGUCAAAGCUGAAGAUUUGGAAGAAGAUGAGGAGGACGAGGCCAAAACAGAAAUUUUGAAAGAAGAGGAGGAAGAGGAGGCCAAAACUGAAGUUCUGGAAGAAGAGGAGACAGUCAAAGCUGAAGAUUUGGAAGAAGAUGAGGAGGACGAGACCAAAACAGAAGUUUUGAAAGAAGAAGAGGAGGCAAAAAUUGAUGAUUCGGAAGAAGAAGAUGAGAAGGAGGAGGAGGAGGCCAAAACUAAAGUUGUGGAAGAAACGGAGGAUGCCGAAACCAAAGCUAUGGAACUAGAGGAGAAAGAGGAAGAGGAGAAGCUAACAACUUUAGCAUUGGAUGAGGAGGAGAAGGCCAAAACUGACAUUUUGGAGGAAGAGGUGGAGGAGACCAAAACUGAAGAUUUGGUAGAAGAUGAAGAGGAGGAGGCAAAUAAGACAAAAACUGAAGAGCAGGAGGAGGGGGAGGAGGAGGAGGAAGAGACCAAAACUAAGGAAGAUUUAGUGGAAGAUGAGGAGGAAAAAAUUGAAAAAGAGACUAAAGACGAGGACACUGUAAAUAUAGAUCUUCAUGAGGAUGAAGAAAGAGAUGAAGAAAACAUUGAAUUAAUGAACACUAAGCUAGAAAUAGAAGGCGAUGAAGCUUCAGAGGAGGAAGGAGAAAAGCAUGACGAAACAGAAGCUGAGGACGAAGAUCCUAAAACUCUGUCGGCUGAAAAUCUCAGCAACGUCAUCGAUGUACCUGAAUCCGAUGAUGAAGAUGAUACCACUUUUCCUUCUGGCUAUGAGGAAGACAAAUACUCCGACGUCAUCGACGACGAAAACAGUGAGAACAGUAAAGCUGAAGCUAAAGGAAGGAGGAAACAUCUCGUUCCCUUUGAGAGGAUCCGAGGAGUCCGAUCCAGAGCUGCUCACAAAGACGAAGAGCAACUGCACAAACAUGACAAAGACCUUAAAUCCACAGAACCUGAGGAGGAGAAAAAAGACAUGGGAGCCAAACUUGAAGAAACCAUAGACAAACUAAAAGAAGAAAAGCCAAAUAAGGAGAUCAAACGUGAAGCAAAAACAACUGAGACUAAACCAGAGAAGACUGAAGAAGAAGGGUUCAUAAAGGAGCCUCCCAAAGAAGAGAAGGAAGUAAAGGAUCCACCUAAAGAAGAAAAGGAAGGUAUGAAACCAUCCAAAGAAGAUAGAGUGAAGAAACCUUCCAAAGAAAAGAAAGAAGCGAGAAAACCUUCAAAAGAAAAGGAAGAAAUAACGAAACAACCCCAAAAAGCGAAAGAGGCCAAAAAACUGAACAAAAAAGAAAAGGAAAUCCAGAAAUUAGCUAAAGGGGAGAAGGAAGUUGAGAAACCCUCUAAAGAAAAGAGAGAAAUAAAGCAAACUCCUAAAGAAGAGAGAGAAGUGAAGAUACCACCCAAAGAGGAGAAAGAAUUUGAGAAAUCAUCUAAAGAUGUGAAAGAGAUGAAGAUGCCAUCUAAAGAAGAGAAAGAAGUCAAAAAAACACCCAAAGAAGAGAAACAGGUGGAUAUGCCUCCUAGAGAAGAGAAAGAGGUGAAGACGCCUCCUAAAGAAGAGAAAGAAGUCAAGAAACAAUCUAAAGAAGAGAAAGAGGUGAAAACACCUCCUAAGGAAGAGAAAGAAGUCAAGAAACCAUCUAAGGAAGAGAAGGAGGUGAAGAAACCAUCUACAGAAGAGAAAGAAGUAAAGAAGCCUCCUAAAGAGGAGAAAGAGGUGAAUAAACCAUCUAAAGAAGAGAAAAGGGUGAAGAAACCAUCCAAGGAAGAGGAAGAGGUAAAGAAGCCUCCUAAAGAAGAGCAAGAGGUGAAGAAACCAUCUAAAGAAGAGAGAGAGGUAAAGAAGCAUCCUAAAGAAGAGAAGAAGCGGAAGCAAUCAUCUAAGGAAGAUAAGGAGGUGAAGAAGCCUCCUAAAGAAGAGAAAGAAGUCAAGAAAUCACCAAAAGCAGAGAAAGAGGUGAAGAAACCAUCUAGAGAAGAGAAAGAGGUAAAGAAGCAUCCUAAAGAAGAGAAGACGCUGAAACAAUCAUCUAAUGAAGAUAAGGAGGUGAAGAAGCCUCCUAAAGAAGAGAAAGAGGUGAAGAAAUGUUCUAAAGUAGAGAAAGAAGUGAAGAAAUCACCUAAUGAAGAGAGAGAGGUGAAGAAACCAUCCAAUGAAGACAGCAAAGUCAAGAAAUCAACCAAAAAAGAGAAAGAUGUGGAGAAGCCCUCUAAAGAAGAGAAGGAGUUGAAUAAACCAUCUAAAGACGAGAAGGAGGUCAAGAAACCUUCUAAAGAAGAGAAAGAGGUGAAGAAACCAUCUAAAAAAGAGAAAGAGGUGAAGAAACCAUCUAGAGAAGAGAAAGAAGUGAAGGAAUCCCUUAAAGUGGAGAAGGAGGUGAAGAAACCAUCUAAAGAAGAAAAAGAGGUGAAGAUGCCUCCUAAAGCAGAGAAAGAGGUAAAUAAACCAUCUAAAGAUGUGAAAGAGAUGAAGAUGCCAUCUAAAGAAGAGAAAGAAGUGAAGAAACCAUCAAAAGAAGAGAAGGAGGUAAAGAAACCAGCUAAAGAAGAGAAAGAGUUGAAGACGCCUCCCAAAGAAGAGAAAGAAGUCAAGAGACCAUCCAAAGAAGAGAAAAAAGUUAAUAAACCAUCCAAAGAAGAGAAAGAGGUGAAGAUGCCUCCUAAAGAAGGGAAAGAGUUGAAGAAACCAUCAAAAGUAGAAAAAGAGGUGAAUACCCCUCCCAAAGAAGAUAAAGAGGUAAAGAUGCCUCCUAAAGAAGAGAAAGAAGUCCUGAAGCUUCAUAAAGAAGAGAAGGAAGUCAAGAGACCAUCCAAAGAAGAGAAAAAGGUUAAUAAACCAUCCAAAGAAGAGAAAGAUGUGAAGAUGCCUCCUAAAGAAGGGAUAGAGUUGAAGAAACCAUCAAAAGAAGAAAAAGAGGUGAAUACCCCUCCCAAAGAAGAUAAAGAGGUAAAGAUGCCUCCUAAAGAAGAGAAAGAAGUCCUGAAGCUUCAUAAAGAAGAGAAAGAAGUCAUGAAACCAUCCAAAGAAGAGAAAAAGGUUAAUAAACCAUCCAAAGAAGAGAAAGAGGUGAAGAUGCCUCCUAAAGAAGGGAAAGAGUUGAAGAAACCAUCAAAAGAAGAAAAAGAGGUGAAUACCCCUCCCAAAGAAGAUAAAGAGCUAAAGAUGCCUCCUAAAGAAGAGAAAGAAGUCCUGAAGCUUCAUAAAGAAGAGAAGGAAGUCAAGAAACCAUCCAAAGAAGAGAAAAAGGUUAAUAAACCAUCCAAAGAAGAGAAAGAGGUGAAGAUGCCUCCUAAAGAAGGGAAAGAGUUGAAGAAACCAUCAAAAGAAGAAAAAGAGGGGAAUACCCCCCCCAAAGAAGAUAAAGAGGUAAAGAUGCCUCCUAAAGAAGAGAAAGAAGUCCUGAAGCUUCAUAAAGAAGAGAAAGAAGUCAAGAAACCAUCCAAAGAAGAGAAAAAGAUUAAUAAACCAUCCAAAGAAGAGAAAGAGGUGAAGAUGCCUCCUAAAGAAGGGAAAGAGUUGAAGAAACCAUCAAAAGAAGAAAAAGAGGUGAAUACCCCUCCCAAAGAAGAUAAAGAGCAAAAGAUGCCUCCUAAAGAAGAGAAAGAAGUCCUGAAGCUUCAUAAAGAAGAGAAGGAAGUCAAGAAACCAUCCAAAGAAGAGAAAAAGGUUAAUAAACCAUCCAAAGAAGAGAAAGAGGUGAAGAUGCCUCCUAAAGAAGCGAAAGAGUUGAAGAAACCAUCAAAAGAAGAAAAAGAGGUGAAUACCCCUCCCAAAGAAGAUAAAGAGGUAAAGAUGCCUCCUAAAGAAGAGAAAGAAGUCCUGAAGCUUCAUAAAGAAGAGAAAGAAGUCAAGAAACCAUCUAAAGAAGAGAAAGAGGUAAAGACGCCUCCUAAAGAAGAGAAAGAGGUAAAGAAGCCUAAAGAAAAGAAAGAAGUGAAGAUACUACCUAGAAAAGAGAAAGAAGUUGAGAAACCAUCUAUAAAAGAGAAAGAGGUGGAAAAGUCUCUGAAAGAAAAAAAAGAGGGGGAGAAGCCUCCCAAAGAAGAGAAAGAAGUCAAGAAACUAUCUAAAGAAGAGAAAGCAGUGAAGAAGCUUCCCAAAGAAGAGAAAGACGUUAAGUCUUCGAUGGAAAGGAAAGAAGUGAAGAAACCAUCUGAGGAGGCAAAGGAGAUCAAGAAACCUACAAAAGAGAAGAAAGAAGACAAAGAAGUUGUCGAGAAGAGAGACACAGAUACAGACGCCAGACACAAAAGGGCUACAAGUAGAUUCAAAGAAGUAAGGACAGAAGUUGAAUCUGUCCUGAAGAAGGAACAUCUUAAUGUUACAAAAGCAGCUGCAGAACCCAGGAGGAUUAUAAAGGUGGUGAGAGCUGUUCAAAGACAAAUCGUUCCUAUCCUAAAAAAGGAACAUAUGAAUGUCACUCAGUCAGCUCCCAAGGAGCCCAAGAUGGAAACAAAGCCAAAAAUCAAAACUAAAACUGUACAACCAGAAAUCGAUGCAAUGAAGAAACAAGAAAAAACAACUACUGCAAAGAAAGUCACGUUUCAGUUAGAUGCUGAAAUCACCAAAGAAAAGACCACAGCUUCAAAGAAGGAAGUUCCAAAGGAGAAGGCCAAAGCAGCUCCUGUCAAAAAAGAUGUUGCUGCUUCAAAAGAAAAGGCCAAACCAAUCAUUGUGAAAAAAGAACAAGAAGGUGCUUCCAGAAAUGCCUCCCUGGUAAGAGAGACAGUCAAGAAAGUGCCUAUGAAGAAAGGUCUCAAGGAACCAAAAGAGAGGCCAUUUGAUGUUUCCUUUACAGCCGAGGUUUCUAAACAGAAGCCCAAACCAGUUGUACCAAAGAGAGAACCUGCUCCUCUCAAGACAAAAGCAGUCCCAGUGGUCAACGAGGCAGAAGCACCACACAGAAAUGUGUCUCUCUCAAAGGAGAAGGUGAAGGUGGUGCCACUGAAGAAAGUUCCUGUAACUCCAAAAGAAAAAGCUAAACCAGCACCAACAAAAAAAGACGCUGUUGUGAAAGAAAAAGCAAAAACCUCACAGAAAGAACCUGAGGCCAAGCCAGUUCUUGCCAGAAAAGAAGCAGAAGUUGUAAAGGAGAAGCCUAAAGCAGUUCAUGAGAAAAAAGCUCCUAAAACUGAGGCUGAAGCACCAAAGGAAAAAGUCAAAUCCCUGGAAAAGAAGAAAGAGCCCAAAGCUCCAGAGGAGAAAGUCAAACCAGUUGUUAAAAAAGCUGAGGUUUCAAAACAGAAGUCCAAACAAGUUGUACCAAAGAGAGAACCUGCUCCUCUCAAGACAAAAGCAGCCCCAGUGGUUCAAGAGGCAGAAGCACAACACAGAAAUGUGUCUCUCUCAAAGGAGAAGGUGAAGGUGGUGCCACUGAAGAAAGUUCCUGUAACUCCAAAAGAAAAAGUCAAACCAGCACCAACAAAAAAAGUAGCUGAAGUUGUAAAGGAGAAGAAGGCCGAGCCAGUGACUCCCAAAAAAGCACCAGUUACCAAGGCGGCAAAACCAACACCUGCUGAAAAGAAGAAAGUGGUCAAGGAACCAAAGGAGAGCAUCACAGGAGUCUCUGCAAAGACAGCUGAGGUUUCUAAACAGAAGCCCAAACCAGUUGUACCAAAGAGAGAACCUGCUCCUCUCAAGACCACAGCAGCCCCAGUGGUCAAAGAGGCAGAAGCACCACACAGAAAUGUGUCUCUCUCAAAGGAGAAGGUGAAGGUGGUGCCACUGAAGAAAGUGCCUGUAACUCUAAAAGAAAAUGUCAAACCAGCACCAACAAAAAAAGUAGCUGAAGUUGUAAAGGAGAAGAAGGCCGAGCCAGUGACUCCCAAAAAAGCACCAGUUACCAAGGCAGCAAAACCAACACCUGCUGAAAAGAAGAAAGAUGCUGUUGUGAAAGAAAAAGCAAAAACCUCACAGAAAGAAACUGAGUCCAAGCCAGUUCUUGACAGAAAAGGGCUCAAUGAACCAAAACAGAGCAGCAGAGGAGUCUCUGCAAAGACAGCUGAGGUUUCAAAACAGAAGCCCAUACCAGUUUUUCCAAAGAGAGAACCUGCUCCUCUCAAGACAAAAGCAGCCCCAGUGGUCAAAGAGGCAGAAGCACCACACAGAAAUGUGUCUCUCUCAAAGGAGAAGGUGAAGGUGGUGCCACUGAAGAAAGUUCCUGUAACUCCAAAAGAAAAAGUCAAACCAGCACCAACAAAAAAAGUAGCUGAAGUUAUAAAGGAGAAAAAGGCCGAGCCAGUGACUCCCAAAAAAGAACCUGAGGCCAAGCCAGUUCUUGCCAGAAAAGAAGCAGAAGUUGUAAAGGAGAAGCCUAAAGCAGUUCAUGAGAAAAAAGCUCCUAAAACUGAGGCUGAAGCACCAAAGGAAAAAGUCAAAUCCCUGGAAAAGAAGAAAGAGCCCAAAGCUCCAGAGGAGAAAGUCAAACCAGUUGUUAAAAAAGAUGGCUCAGCCGGGCUGAAGGACAAGGUCAAACCGGUCCGUGUGAAGAAAGAACAAGAAAAGGAGAAACCGGCUGCUGUAAAGAAAGCCGAGCUGAAGGAAAAGAUCAAACCUGUGAUGAAAGAAACACCAGUAGAGAAGAAGGCCCCUAAAGAGGACCGAGUUCUGAAAGAGAUACAGACGCCUGCAAAGAAAGAGAAAUCUGUGGAGAAGAAGGCAGCCAAAGAAGAGGGCAUUAAAGCUGAGCCUGCAGUAUCAGACAGCUUUCUCAUGGAAGACGAGAUGCCAUACUUCCAGUGUUUCUUCGUGGACGAGGACGAGGCCCAGUUUCCGUUCUAUGCCUUCUCGCCGAUGCAGAUCUGAGGCUUCAGUCUGACUCCAGUCUGAGGCUCACAGUGUUUCCUGAUAACGACAAGGUCACAUCCCACCCUGCGCUGCCAAAGCCCGGCUGCCGUUCCAUGUUAGAGCUCCAGGAAAAGAGCCUGGGCAGCAGAGGAUGAUGGGUGAUGGACCAUUUAUUUAUUUCCAGAUUUGGUUGAGCUCUCGCACCAAAUACAGCUAAUGUCAUUCCUCUCUAUUUUUUGUUUUUUUUGUUUUGAAUAUGUUUUCGAGGUGGAAUCAAAUGAAUCUUCUCCACGGAAAACAACAUCAUGAAUCAACUUCUGUGGAUCGUUCGUUUAAAUCCUCAAAGCAACUUGUGCAAAUACCUUUAAUACAUUGACACUGAGUCAAGGUGCAUUUUUGAUGAGUAGUAACAUGGUGCUGAAUAUGUUUAAGUGUAAACAGGGUACAGACACAAUCACUGACCCAAGACUGACAGGGCUUCAGGUCAGGAGUUUACGUGAAAGUGUUUUUUUUAAGCUCAUACUUGGUUGUAGAUUUAGGUUUAUUUCAUCCCCUGCUUUUUAAGCCCUUUAAUUGGCCAUUUAAAGUGUUUGUGCAUAAUUCCAUAAUCCUUGAUAAUAUUUAUUUUAUGUAAAGGAUUUUUCUUUUCACACUUUUCUCCACUUGUCCUUCCCGUCUGGGCACAAAAAAAGAAAUUUAAAGAAUUGAUGAAAAAAGACGAAUCUCCUUUGCAUUUUUAAAGAUUCAGCACCAAUGUGUUUUUGGUUUGUACUUGUCAAAAGGAAUGACUAUGCACUGUAUAAGAGAGCUCCCAAUCUUACUGAAGAGACACUACCUGACAUAUGAAGUCUUAUUAAACUGUUCCAUCGACACGUCGGCACCAGUCCCUCAUUUUGAAGCGUUGCAUCACCUGCACUCUCAGAAUGAGGCUUGUUUUUAUAUCAGCAAGUAUCAGAUUCACUCUGGUUUUACCGUGAUGGACCAAAAACCCAGUGGGACUGACGGUGGUCGGUGGUUGUUUGUCCGUGAAACUUGACGUGUUGUGGAAAACAUUGAAGAAAUGAGCAGAAAUGUAAAAUGCAAUAUUUCCAGGUCAAAGUGAAGAGCAGCUUUUUCUGCUGCCAUACAUUAAAUAAUAUGAAUACAUAUCUUAUUAUGAUAACAGUGCAGAAUAUAAACAGGAUUUAUAUCAUGUGGAAUGCCUGUACGUGUGAUGUACAGGCCGGGCUACCAGUUGUCAGAUUGAGUUUGAAUCACUUAUUUGAAAUCUCUGACGAGUGAUGUUGGCAUUAUUGUGUUAAAGAUCAGACGCACCCCCCCCCCCCCUCGAACCUCGAAGUUGUUGCAGCGGGCGUCUCACGCGUUCAGAUGAUCGCAGAUGUCGGCUGCUACAUUAACGCUCGGUCGGCUUGUUCCAGCUGCUGUUCACAUAUGGCUCUUUACAUUUUUAGCUCCAUAUGCUGCAUAGCAGACCGUGAGUAAAGCUUGUGAGUCCUAGUCUAAUCUGAGUCCACCGACAGGAACACAUCGAUGUGUACACACCGUCCCUCUGCAGCUGCACAGACAGUAACUGCUGGAGCUUUGUGGCGACGCCCGUCUGGUGGUGUUUUGUUCCUAAAAUGAACGAUGUCUCGCCUCUGUUGGAUUUUAUCAAAGAGGACGUCAUUGUUCACAUAAGAAGACAUUUUGAUUUACAGAUUCAUAUUUGUUUCAACUGAAUUUUAUUCAAAGUCUCACUUUUACCAAGUGAACACGUGCAAUACAUGAAUAUCUGAUCAUCUCAGCGGUGAUAGAACUGUAUGUUUGAGUGAUGGUCCUUGAAUGAAAUAUGCAUGAAAUGUGUGUGUGUGUGUGGUUGUGUUUAUUUUAUGCACUCAGAUGUUUGUGUGACGUUUCUCCCCAACCAGAACCCUGAGAAUGGCAACUUGAAAUACUUGAACUUUUGAAUCAGGGUAAAUCUGAUGCCAAUAACCGACUUGUGUCUCUCCAUGAUGUUUCUAACGUCAUAAAUUCACAGCUCGGUAACUGUAAUUAAUCAUUAAUCUCAUUGUAAAUAGCUAAUUAGAUAUAAAAAAUAGACUAUAUUGUGUUUUAUCCCUGAACUAUUGUGACUUUACCUGCACAAUAAAUCCACAUCAUGUGUUGUUUUUCGGUUAAACCUUCAUUGUGCCUGUGAAUACAAGCGAUUUGACAUUAAAACAUAGCAAUGCA